AGUAAUUUUAAGCUUGUGACACGUUGGAACUUUAAGAAGAAUUAGCCGGGUCAUAUAGCUUCCAGAACAUUCUUUAGUGCCGCUAUCGGAUAUCCUUAUCGUGCGGCGUGCAUUGGUUGUUAGUGAACAUCCGCAAGACUUGAUUGAUUUACCACUGGCGGUGUGGGUGUUUAAUGAACACAUAAGCAUACGAAAUGUACGUGAGAGGCGCCGUGUUUGUUCUCCUCGCCCUCAGCGUUUGUGCCAAACCAAAGGAAGAAGGGCACAGUGAUAGGAUCUUAGAUAGGGAUUUAAGUGACAAAGAGCAUUAUGAAAAUGAACACCAUAAUCCUGAAUAUGAUCAUGAGGCCUUUUUGGGAGAGGAUGCCAAGACUUUCGAUAACCUACCUCCAGAGGAAAGCAAAAGAAGACUAGGAUUAAUUGUAGACAAAAUAGAUAGCAAUAAAGAUGGUUUUGUAACAAGAGAGGAACUAAAAGACUGGAUUAAGUUUACUCAAAAAAGGUAUAUUGCUGAAGAUGUGCACAGGCAGUGGCAACAACAAAAUCCUGAGGGUGCAGAUACAGUAAAAUGGGAGACCUAUGAAAAUUUGGUCUAUGGUUUUCUGAAAGGCAUGAACCCUUCUGAAAUAGAAAAGGAUCAAGAAGGAUUCUCAUACAAAAACAUGUUGAAAAGAGACAAAAGACGCUGGCAAGUCGCAGAUAGGGACCAAGACGGUGCUCUAACCAAAGAAGAGUUCUCCAAUUUCCUGCAUCCUGAAGAAUCGGAUCACAUGAGAGACAUCGUCGUCAUCGAAACAAUGGAGGACAUCGACAAGGACAAAGACGGUAAAGUUUCGUUGCAAGAAUACAUCGGCGACAUGUACAAAUCCGAGGAAGGCGAUGAGGAACCGGAUUGGGUUCAAAGCGAACGCGAACAAUUCCAAACAUACAGGGACAAGGACGGUGACGGUUACAUGGAUGAGGAAGAAGUGAAAACGUGGAUCUUGCCUGAAGAUUUCGAUCAUGCUGAAGCCGAAGCCAGACAUUUGAUUUACGAAGCCGAUGCUGAUGCCGACGAACAACUUACCAAGGAGGAAAUUUUGAACAAAUACGACCUGUUCGUCGGUUCUCAAGCUACCGAUUUUGGUGAAGCUUUAGCGAGACACGACGAAUUUUAACGUUAAUUUUUUUUAGUAUAUAUUUUUAUUGAGUAGCUGCAAUACUUUAUAUUUGUAUUAACAAAUUUCUUUAAGCAUUUUAGAGCCAGUUUAAUUUUAAAUGUUAAGUUAAGUUGUGACACUGCCACCUUUUAUUAAUUGUAGGUUUUUAUUACGUUGUCUAUACCAAAUAAUAAGCUCUUAUAUUAGGAAUCUCUUGUAAAUUAAAUAUAUUUCUAUUUUUCUAUGUUUUCUAUGUCUAACAAAAAAAAUUCUAUUAUAUGAGUGAUGUAUUAAUGAAUACUCAUGUUAAUGUUCCAAUCAUAAACUAUUGUGCCAUUUAAAUUGUAUUAUGCAAUGAUACUUAAUUCCAAUGAAUCAUUGGUGCUUCUUUUUAUAAAUAAAUCAUAUAA